CAGAGCUAACAGCGUGAGUCUGAGUCCUCCCACAGCACAGGUGCACAUCAGAGGCUACAGAGCGGAGAUAACAGUCACUUCAGCUGGAAGAGAUAACAAAGAGCUUCAUCGGGAUUGCAAGUUUGGACAGAAAGUCCGUUCUCAGACAAAAAUAUUCCCAAUAAGGAGAAGCGAAACUACAAGUCAAGAUGAAUCAGUUCUUCAUCCUUGCCAUACUUGCAGCAGUCAGUGUGAACAUGGCUUAUUCACGAAGACGGUCACUAAAACAUCGGGACAUUAAUGAUGAGAUGUGUCAGUCUGGAGACGGGAGCAGUUACAGGGGAUAUGUUUCCAAGCCGAUGUACAGCCGCAAGUGCCUCAGCUGGAGCAGGGUUAUAAAUUCCUGGGGAGCUUUGGAGGGAAUUGGCCCUCAUAAUUACUGCAGGAAUCCUGACCAGAGCUUGAUGCCGUGGUGCUUUGUCCGAAGAGGGAGGAGGAUUGUGAGAGAAUUCUGCAGUAUUCCCGGAUGUUCUACACCAACAAUAACAGUUCCAACAGCUGUUGAUACAGAGCUGACAUGUGGUGAGAGGUCCGAGCCGAAGAUGCAUAAAAUUGUGGGAGGUUCUUUCACAGCCAUAGAUUCGCACCCAUGGGUGGCUGCUAUCUAUCACAAAGGCAGUUUCCUCUGUGGCGGGUCCCUCAUCGCGCCUUGCUGGGUUGUCACAGCUGCACACUGCUUCAUUGACAGCGAGGAGCUCAAAGCUGAGAAUCUGUUUGUAUACCUGGGGAAGACUGCCAUCAAUGAAACAGAUGCCGACAAGGAGCAGAGCUUCACUGUGGAAAAACUGAUCAACCACCAAGAAUAUAACACGUCCAACUACAACAACGACAUAGCGCUGUUGAUGAUCAAAGGCAGAAAUGGAGGAUGUGCAGUGAAGUCGGCGUCAGCACGGACAGUGUGUCUUCCUCCAUCUCACACUCACCUUCCUGCGGGAUUUCAAUGCAGCGUCGCAGGAUUUGGGAAGGAGACAUACGGGGCGUGGCACUACUCACAGUUUCUGAAACAGGCCGAGGUGAAGCUGCUCUCCCGGACUGACUGUAAAAGAAAAUCGUACUACGGAACGCUCAUCACCAACAAUAUGAUCUGUGCUGGGAGCCCUGACUGGACCGCCGAUGCCUGCGGGGGUGACUCUGGUGGUCCGCUGGUGUGUGAAGUGUCAGGCCGGAUGUUUCUGUUCGGGGUGGUGAGCUGGGGUGACAACUGUGCCAAGAAAAACAAACCGGGUGUUUACACGCAAGUCAGCAACUAUAACCACUGGAUCGCAGAGAAAACAGGGCUCUACAAAUACACUAGAGGAAAAAUGUAUCCCGAAAAAUGAAGCUGUAGCAGAAAGUUACCCGUUGAGCAUUGCAUGUUUCUUAAAGGAAAAUUUGGCAGCAGUUUUCUUUUUUAGGACUGUGUGUGUAUGCAAGCAUGUGCAGACAUAGGCAGGUUUCGUAGCUGAUAGGUUUCUUUAAAUAUUAUUAUAUUUUUUAUUAAUAUCAUUAUUAUUUUAUUAUAUAUAAUAUAUAAUGUUUUCAUCAUGUAUGUAUAAACCUUUCAUGCUAAGAGUUUGGAUUUUUUAAAAAAAGCUGUUAGAAAGUUUAUUUAUCUUAUUUAAUUUUACAAGCAGUUUCUCUUAUAGAAGGCUGGGCCUGCUGUUGAGUACUUUUUUUGAGUAAUAAAUAAAGUAUUUGUGUUACAUA